AUGGCGGCUGCUCAAGAGCCUACUCCGACUGUCAUCGUGGUUGGAGCUGGCAUGUCCGGGAUAUUCGCAGCAAAGACGUUACCGGAUGCAGCAAUAAAGAACAUUUUGAUACUUGAAGCAACUAAUAGAGUUGGCGGUCGUAUCAAAAAGACCAACUUUGCAGGUUCAUCCGUAGAGUUGGGUGCAAACUGGGUUGAAGGGGUUAAGGGAGAUCAAGUCAAUCCCAUUUGGACCAUGGUGAAUAAGAUUGGCCUGAAAACCUACUACUCUGAUUUUGACCACCUUGCCAAUCAUACUUACAAACAAAUAUAUGGUUUGGUUUAUGAAGAAUCCGUAGCUCAACAAGCGUACGAUUCAGCAGAUGAACUCUCUACAUUCAGCCAAAACUUAUCGGUUUCUUUGUCUAGACGAAAACAAACAGAUAUGUCAAUCCUGGCAUCCCAACAACUUAAAAACCACGAUUUCGGCGAAGAUUAUUACUUUGUUGCAGAUUCAAGGGGUUAUGAGAGUGUUGUUCAUUACGUUGCUAACCAAUUCCUAACUACUGAUAAGGCUGGAGAUAUCACUGAUCCUCGACUUGUGCUGAAUAAGGCUGUGACGAAGAUACAAUAUUCGAAAAGCGGUGUCGUGGUUAAGACUGAAGAUGGAUCAGUGUAUAAAGCUAAAUAUGUAAUGGUUUCUGCUAGUAUUGGUGUUCUGCAGACAAAUCUUAUUGACUUUGUGCCUGAUCUACCGGCAUGGAAAUUAUUGGCCAUAUAUCAGUUUGACAUGUCCAUCUACACCAAGAUCUUCCUCAAUUUUCCUUAUAAAUUUUGGCCUACGGGUAAUCACACGGAAUUUUUUAUCCACGCUAAUGAAAAACGAGGUUAUUAUACCGUCUGGCAGCAACUAGAAAAUGAGUACCCUGGAGCUAAUUGCCUCUUAGUAACAGUAACAGAUGACGAGUCUAGACGCGUAGAGCAACAACCAGAUUCAGAGACCCUGGCCGAAAUAAUGGAUGUCCUAAGAAACAUGUUUGGGAAAAACAUCCCUGAUGCCACGGACAUACUCGUUCCCAAAUGGUGGUCCGAUAGGUUUUACAAAGGAACGUUUUCCAACUGGCCUAUUGGAGUUGAUCAACACGAAUAUGAUCAGAUUAGGGCACCCGUCGGUAGAGUUUAUUUCACGGGAGAACAUACAAGCGAGCAUUAUACUGGUUAUGUUCAUGGUGCAUACCUCGCAGGUAUUGAUUCUGCAAAUAUCUUGAUCAAGUGUGCCAAGAAGAAGAUAUGCAAGUACAACAUCAAGCCUAAAAGUUCCUGA